AUGAAUGAAAGUUUUAAUAAUAAUUAUUUGGAUAAUGUUUAUUUAGAAUUUAAUUUGUUUAAUAAUUUUUUAAAAGAAUUAAAUGAAAAAAUCAAAUAUAGUAAUAAUGAAAAUUAUACGUCCAUUUACGACUGUUGUAUUGAAAAUAUUUAUAACAUACAUAAUAAAUUUAAUGCAUGGAAUAAUAAUAAAGAACAAAUAGAUGAUAAGUUUAUAGAAUAUUUUUCUCAAAAUUUUAUAUUAAAUAUAAAAACAUUUUUAAGGAAUAACUUCUGCAUAAUAGAUAAUAAUUUGGAAAAUCUAAAAAAUAAAAAUAAAAAAUUGAUUGAAAAACUACAGUUAGGCUUAGAAAAUGCAGAAAAUCAAGAAAACUAUAUAUACGAAUUAGAAAAAAACUUAAAUAAUGAAAAAGAAAAAAACAGAAAUAUAAAUAAUUUACUUGACAAAAUAAAUAAUUUAAUAGAAGAAAAUGAAAAAUUAAGGAAUAAAAAUGAGCAACUAGAAUUAUCAUCUAUGAAACAUAAAGAAGAAAAUAGUAAAAUAAAAGUAGAAUUAAAAAAAUAUGUAUCUCUUUAUGAAAAAAAUAAAAAAUGUGAAAGUAAAAUUUUAAGUUAUAAUGUUUUAAACAAAAAAAUGAGUACUUUAUUUAAAAAAAUAAAUAAUGAUGUUCAAAAUAAUAGAAAUAAUAAAACAUUAGAAAAAAAUAGAAGUUAUAGCUUUAAUUUUGUGCAUACUCUUCAAAGUAUUAUGAUUAAUGAUAUUAAGCAUUCAAAUAAUAAUAAUAAUAAUAAUAAACAUAAUCUAAUAAUAAAUGAUAAUUAUUCUAAUAAUAAUAUUACAGAAAAUAAUAGUAAAAAAAUUCAUAAAUUAGGAAGAAACAUAAUAAGCUAUGAAAGAAUUAAUAAACUGAAUAAUUCAAAUACUCCUAGAGAAAGCAAUAAAAGAGUAUAUCAUAAAAAAUUAACUACUUAUAAAAUUUAUAAUAAUAGUGAUAUAACGUGUACAGAAGAAAGUGAUAAUAUUUAUAAAAAUAUUGAAUAUAUAAAUAGAAAAAUUACAAAAAGAAUAGAUAAUAGCAUUGAAGAUUGUAUUAUAAAAGAUAUUAAGUUAAAAAACUUAAGUAGUUUAAAUGAUUCAUUUUUUUCUCGGAGUAAUUAUUCUAGUGCUACACUAUUGAUGGAUAUAAAAAAAACACUAAGAAAUAAUAGAAUAUAUUUAAUAAACUCUAUGCUUAAAAAACAUAUUGAUAAAAUUGAAAAAAAAAAAAAAAAAUCAAGAAAAUUGUUGAAAUUACACCAAAAAUAUAAUUUAAAAGAUGAUAUUCAAAAUGAAAGAGAUCAAUCUUAUUCCCUAAACAGCAUGAUAAUAGAAGAUUAUAGAUGCGUUAUAAAUAAUUUUUAUGAAUGCAUAAAAAAUGAUAUAAGGAAAAUUCUUGAGAACACUGAUGAUAUAAAACUGGAGCUUUUUUCUAAUUACUCAAAAAAGAUAAUAAAAGAGAUACAUGAUGAAAAAAAUAUACUAAAAAAAAAAAAAAUUGAUAAAAUUACCAGAAAAUUUCUACGACAAAUUGAUUCAUACAGGUUGCAUGAAAAAGAUUUUCUUCAUAAUUUGACAAAAGAAGAAAAUAAAAAUGAUAAAUAUUUCAACUUAAGUUACAAUAAAUAUGAUUCAUUUGAUUUACGUAAAGUUUUAAAAACUAAUUGCCAUCAAGUUUUUGAUAGUGAUAAUGAAGAAAAUUUGUCUUUUAAUUUUUACGAAAAUAGUGAUUUAAAAAUUAUUGACAGAUUAAAAGAUUUAAAAAGUAACAUAUCUUUUUAUAAAUUAUAUGAUUUAAUUGAUUUUUCUUACAAAAAAUAA